AGUGUGGAGAGAGGCAUCAUUCGCUGGCCGGGAACAGAGCGACGAGCAUCUCCCAAAGGGAACUACGAGUGGAAACCCCAGAGAACACAAAACACGAAAAUGAAGGUCUUUAUCUGCCUGUUGGCCACCGUCUGUGCCUGCAACGCCACCUUCCUGUCCUUUUUGGGCGGCGGAGGCGGAGGUGGAGGCACCAAGACCACUUAUGACGUGAUUGCCACACCCAGUGCCCGAGGAGGCGGCGGCGGAGGAGGAGGAGGUGGUGGUGGUGGUGGUCAUGGUCAUGGCUACGCCCAGGGUUACGCCCAUGGAGGCAGCUACAGCGGAGGAGGUCAUGGCGGACACGGAGGCUCUGCGCAAAUCAUCAAGGUUAUUCUGCAAGAGGGCCAGGGCUACUCCAACGGCGGAGGAGCAGCAGGUGGCAUUGUCUCCUCUGGCUACAGCUACGGAUCAGGCGGCGGUGGAGCUUCCUACGGCGGAGCAUCAUAUGGAGGACAGCAGCAUGCCCAGAUUUACAAGGUCAUCGAACAGGCUGCGGCUCCAGCUCCAGUUCCUGUCACGAUUCCCGCCCCAGCACCGGUUCCGAUUCCCAUUUCAGUGCCAGUAGCUGCUCCGGCUCCGGCUCCCAUUGCCUACCACGCCUCUGGCGGGUCUAGCGGCGGUGGCUACUCCUACGGACAGUCCUACGCAGCCGGCCACGGCUACGGAGGCGCCUCCUCCUUCGACGCUCAGCAGUUCAACGCCAUCCUGCCCCAGAUCAUCCAGCUGGUGCUGCAGGAGGACUCACUAGGCGGAGGUGGUGCUGGAGGAGCCGACAUAGCCGCCAUCAACGGGCAGCUGAUUAAUACGUUUGGAUCCAAGGGCAAGGCCAUCAUCUUGAAGGCCGACCAAGCGCAGGGAGCCUUCUUCAAGAGCGGACACGUUGUGCAGAGGGGCACCUUGAAGGUGAUGCAGGUGCAGGAGCAGCAGGGUCGCAGCCAGCAGUCCCAGGGUGGUGGCUCCAAGGGAGGCUGGGGCUUCGGUGGCGCCAGCAACGGCGGAGGCAACGGCGGCUGGAGCUCCGGCGGCUCCUCCUCCUCAGGAGGCUGGAGCUCCGGCGGCUCCUCCUCGUCGGGGGGCUGGAGCUCAAGCGCCUGGUAGACGCAAGUCCGCCUAGUUAGUUAGACCAAAUGAAUUACUUUUUUUUUGUUUUUUUUUUCUAUCCUCUACCUCUAUCGUUAUGUAUUUUUUUCCUAGGCUAAAAUCCUUCACAGUCAUUACUGAAAACACACAAAGAAAACACACACCUCUUCAUUAUUAACUUAAAUUAUUUGUUAAUAAACAAUUAUUUGAACCAAAA